AUGAAUUGUAUCAUUAAAGCUCUUAGAGUAGUUAUUGAUAGGAAAUUUUGUUUCAUUACAGCUGAGGUUGUGGCAGGAUCAGCAGCAUGGCUUGGUAGAAGUCUGUCUUGUGUAUGUGUACAGAGAAGAGAUAGUGAUGCUUCUAGCUUUUUUUAUUUAACUCUAGCCCAGGAGGAAUGCUUGCAGAGGCUACAGAGACGAAUACAUGUUCCAUAUGAUAGUUCUAUAAUUGAGCACCAGGAGGCCCUUAGGGCUUUAUGGAAUGCUGCAUUUCCUGAAGAAGAACUUCGUGGCUUGAUAUCUGAGCAGGGUGGUGGUUUUAUUUCUUUGGAGAAUUUUCUCUUCUUUGCUAGGAAUUUCCCGGAUAUUGAUAAGAAGGAUGUUUCUCUUAGCAAAUUCAAGGGGAAGGUUCUCUUGAUUGUCAAUGUUGCUUCACGAUGUGGCUUGACAUCAUCAAAUUACACAGAACUCUCGCACUUGUAUGAAAAUUUUAAAGAUAGAGGGCUCAUUCUCAGUAUCCAUUUCAACGUACUAAGCUCCAUCAUAUAUGCGCUGUAUACUUCGAAUGGCCUUCGGAGAGAACAAGUACUUUAUCUAAUUUCAAAUGCUUAUUCUUGUAACUCAAGAAUUUGUGCUCCGAGUCAUGUCAUUAGUCUUAGUCAAGAAUUGGGAUUGGAAUCACCCGCUGAUGGUAGACGUUCAUCUGAGUCUAGCUACCGUAUUGGAGAUAAUGGAACUUCAGGGGGGACAAAUUAG